AGCCUUGCAGUCCUUUUUUUAUAUACAGCGCGGGGAAAAGAAAUACUUUGAAGAACCAUUUCUUCGUUUCGUGUUUCUUCCGUCUCGUUUUUUUUUGCUUUCAGAGCCCGUCUGUCGUUUCUGUUUGCUGCUGUUUAUACUAGUAAUGCCUUCUGUUUUAUAAUACGCAUCCACUCAGCAUACACGCAUAUAGGCCUCCCGCAAAAAAAACAUCACGACUUCUUUAAUCAUGUCGAGCUCAGAAGCCGCGUUCUCUUCUGAUCCUUCGUACGAACACCACUCCUCCAUCUCUUCUCCCACACACAAUGUUACCGUUCUCUCCCAAGAGUCUGAGGACCAGGGCCUCGACACGCUCGGCCAUGACUCCAAGGACAUGGAGAAGCACCCCAAGGGACGAAGAAAGCGUACCGCUGCCAAAGACAAGAUGAUCCUCGAGGACGCCUACAACAACAACCCCAAGCCCGACAAGCAAGCGCGUCUCGACAUUGUCAACCGCGUAUCCCUCAACGAGAAGGAAGUUCAGAUUUGGUUUCAGAACAGACGACAGAACGAUCGACGCAAGUCUCGACCUCUUUCUCCUCAAGAGCUUGCUGCCCUCCGAUUUAGCGGCGUCAAUGGCAUGUCCUCUGCCCCCAUCAACUCAUACUCUUAUACAUAUGACCGUCCACACGCGUUGGAGCACGGUUUGCCUCCGCAAUACGCCGGAGCUGCACCCGUCCACCCCGCUGACAGCUCCGACGUGUCUCACUCUUCUCCCCGCCCGGUAGCUUGCACACCUGGCCCUGUUUCCAGGGUUAACCAAUAUGUUGACAUGACCCCUCGCCACACUGAUGGAUCGUCAUCACAAGGCUCACCAGACGAACACCUCUCUCACUCUCACCCCGGUUCCUCAGUCGGUUAUCUUGCCAACCGAUGGAACAUUGGUACCUCGUACUCCACACCUGCUUCGUUGAAGCGCUCCGCUGAUGAUUCCUUUGGCCCUGAGCCUCUCUCCGUGUCUACUCGUUCUGAGGGUACUCCUUGUCUCAAGCGUAGCCAUUCUCAAUCGCAGGUCAGACUUGCACUUUCUCUCGAAGGCAAAGCUGAGUUGAUCGCCAACGACGCGUCUCCCGCUAAGGACGUUGCUGAGAGACCUGCUUCUGACUUUGCCGCUAUUCCAAUUAACCGCGGGCUUAAGCGUAGCCACAGCGCGUUGCCUGCCGUCACUCUCCCUCCCAUCUCCUCCCUCACCAGCUUCCUUCCACCCCGUCUUGGCCGUGGCCGUUCUCGCGACGUCAACGCAUGGGAGUCAUGUGCUGACGCUGAUAAGCGUGAUGAACUUGCCGCCCAGGCUGAGCACGAGUCCAACGGCUCAGCUAUUGCUGCCAUUAGCCUGCUCCGCUCUUCAAGCGGCAUUCUACAGUCUAGCGCUUCUAAGCGUAACACCCCUGUGGGCAAACAACAGCAGCAGCAGCAGCAGUACAGCUCUCCCGCAUUUAAGAAGCAGCGUCUUAGCAGAACCAACUCUAGCAUUGGCCGCUUGGAGCACACUGGCAAGGAGAACGACUUUGAAGCCGACAAGCUCAACGGCAAGGUCAAGGUCUCCGCCUUGCUCAUGUCUCCUACCGACUCUGACAAGGAAAAUCUCAGCCCUGAUGAAGAUGGCAACGCUCGCGAGCGUAGCAUUCGCCGCCCUCUCCCCAGCACCAUCAAGACUCAAAACGCGCGCCGUCUCGGACGCGUUCUGCAGACAGCCAACAGCCCCAAGCUGCUGCCCCCACGAAUGAGCCUUUCGCCUCGCCGUAAGGGAGGUAAUGAUGCCAUUGAGAUCUACGACGACUCAGGCAAGCCACCCGUUGCUCGCGAGCGCGAUGUUGAGCGAUUCAUGCGCGGCGAAGUCAGCCCCAGCAAGAAGCCCGACAUGGACUGUGUCGCUGGUCUUCUUUCCCUUAGCCAGGGAGCUUGGCGAUGAACGCCGGGGCCGUAGGCCACCGUGCGAGGCUUGCCACGAAAAUAAAAGAAAAGCAUUUUGUUUCAAGCCAUGCCAGCAUACAAUAUUCUUAUUUUCUUUCAUUGUUAUGAAUGGACAUGCAGAGCAGAUGUCUCGUCUGCAUGUUUUCUGAGCGAAAGACAUGGCAUAUACCAGGCCCGUCUUCCGCGUCUUUGGUUCUUUUCUGGAUUGCAUAUUCUUCUUUUAAGCAUCUAAUACCCUCACUUCCGGGGCGUAUCCUUUGCAUUUUCUUCUUCUCUUUACCUCUUAUCCGGUGGGAUGGCGCUCUAGGCGGUUUGAUUUUUUGUGUUGCUAGGUUACCAGGGUUAUUCGGAUUUUUCAUGAAACGUUGUACGGACUUUUUUUCUUUGGGAGGCCUUGUACGGAUGGCAAUGUUGGAAAUGGAUAGGCUCUCAAUGCCUUCAGAGAUACCAUGUUAUGUAGGAAUGUUAUGAUGAUGUUCCCUC